UCAUAGGAUAGUUUAUUAUUGAAUUCUUAAAAUGUAACAGUUUUUUCGAAGAUAAUUUCUAGGUAAUAAUAUAAACUAAUCUACGUAGCAAAAUAUUUUUUAAAUUAAAACAAUGUCGAAAAUAUUUACUCCUACCAAUCAGAUUCGAUUGACAAAUGUGGCUGUUGUACGAAUGAAAAAGGGUGGUAAACGUUUUGAAAUAGCUUGCUACAAAAAUAAAGUUGUUUCAUGGAGAAAUGGAAUAGAAAAAGAUAUUGAUGAGGUCCUUCAAACACACUCAGUAUUUACAAAUGUAUCUAAAGGGCAGGUAGCUAAAAAAGAAGAUUUACAAAAGAUAUUUGAAACUGAUGAUUUAACAAAAAUUUGUAAACAUAUAUUAGAAAAAGGGGAAUUGCAGAUUUCUGACAAAGAAAGAAAUGCUCAAUUAGAUGCAUCUUUUAAAGAUAUUGCCACAAUUGUAGCAGAUAAAUGUGUAAAUCCUGAAACUAAAAGACCAUAUUCAGUUACAAUGAUUGAAAAAGCUAUGAAGGAUGUUCAUUAUUCUGUGAAACCUAAUAGAAAUUCAAAACAACAAGCUCUUGAAGUAAUAAGGUUAAUUAAGACUGUACUUCCAAUUGAUAGAGCAUUGAUGCGUGUUAAAAUUGAGUCAUCAAGUAAAGAUGCAAAGAAGCUCAAAGAUAAGUUUUUAACAUUAGCAUCAUCAAUUGAAUCUGAAUAUUGGGAAACUGGAGAAAUAACUAUGGUUCUUUUAAUUGAUCCUGGAAAUUAUAGACAAGUGGAUGAACUUGUUAGAUCAGAUACUAAAGGUACAACUCACAUGGAAGUACUUAGCUUGAAAGAAAUUGUUGAAGGAGAUACAUUAUUAGAUUAAGUAAACAUUUUUUCUUUGUCUAAGUAAUAAUCUUGUAAUUUUAUUUAUGUAAAAUCCUGUUACAUUAAUUAUGUGAUAAAUAAUUAAAAUAUUAUACUGUUGAAUAACAAUUA